AUGGCUUUGGCUCGAAGAACAGUUUUUCAGUACUCAAGGUAGCUUUGUUUCUUAUUCGACUCAGUUGAACUUGUUUGCAACUCAGAAACUUGCCGGUUUAUUUAAACGCUCGCGAGGCUCAUGCUCGGAACACGGUUAUUAAUUUUGUUCCACAACAAGAGGCAUGGGUUGUGGAACGGAUGGGACGGUUCUAUAGAAUUUUGGAACCGGUAUGAUGGAAAACAUCGAAAACUAAUGAGUUUUAAGUUCAGGGUCUAAACUUCCUCCUGCCAAUCAUUGAUAGGAUCCGAUUUGUUCAAAAUUUGCGAGAAAUUGCCAUCGAGAUUCCUGAACAAGGCGCGAUCACGUUAGACAAUGUACAGCUUCGUUUAGACGGAGUUUUGUACCUGAAAGUUUUCGAUCCGUACAAGGUAAAAAAAAUGUAUAUAAUUUAGUUUUAAACUUUUUUCAGGCAUCCUACGGAGUUGAUGACCCAGAGUUUGCUGUAACCCAACUCGCUCAAACUACAAUGCGUUCAGAGGUUUUUUAGAAGUGAUAUCGAGGAAAAAUAUGUUUAUUUCAAACGUUAAGGUCGGAAAAAUCAGCCUGGACACGGUUUUCAAGGAACGAGAACAAUUGAACGUUAGUAUCGUGGCGGCGAUCAACAAAGCCUCGGCUCCGUGGGGAAUCAGCUGCAUGCGAUAUGAAAUUCGUUGGUUUUUUGUAUUUUUAUAGAAAUUCAUGAGUUUAUGCGAUUAUUUCACAAAGGUAGAUAAAUAGCUGUAUUUUUGUGUUAUUUAAGGUCAUAAAAAGACUUCUCGAAGCUUUCGAAAGUUCUUUAGAUCUAACUUAUUUGUCUUUGUAUUAAAUGGAAUUUAAAACCAAUAUUUGAACGUGAUUUCAAGUUUUAUCUUUUAGGUACUUAAUUUUUAUUUAAAGAAAGCAAAAUGAGAAUGAAAGUUUCCAGGAGACAUGACGAUGCCGGUAAAAAUCCAAGAAGCUAUGCAAAUGCAAGUUGAGGCCGAAAGAAGGAAACGAGCCGCAAUUUUAGAAUCUGAAGGAGUUCGCGAAGCGGCCAUCAACAAGUGAUUCGUCUUUUCAGUCCUGAGUGCUCUUCUGUUCAUCAAGGACACCUUCAAAGCCGUUGGAAAUAGUCUUUGCGCGAAAAAAUACUGCUCCUUUAAACAUUUUUUUUUAGCUGUUUUGAAGGUUGUUCAUUUUCUGUGAUAAUCGGAAAAAAGUUGAAGCUCUGAAGUACACUUUCCAAUCUUCUCAAAAAUAAUUCAAAUUUCAGAGCCGAAGGAGAAAAAAAGUCGGCAAUUUUGGCAUCGGAAGCUGUACAAGCUCAACGGGUAUGGUUUUGAACAUCAGAAUCUCUUUUUACUUAACAUUAAUGAUUUUGAGAUUAAUGAAGCGAAGGGAGAGUCCGAGGCGACGAUUUUGAAGGCCGAGGCUCGUGCUCAAGCGAUUGAACGGGUUGCGGCCGCUCUUCAGCAACAGGUUUCACGAAUUUUUGUUGAAUUUUCGAGAAAAGUUUCUCGAAUGUUAUUUGGUUUCGAAAUGAAGAAAAAACGCGUUUUUGAACCGGUUCUUUUACAGCUGGUGACUGAGAUAUGAUUUUUUCCGAAGUUUGUAGAAAAUUUGUUUUGGGAAAAAAAGAACACAAAAUUGUUUAUACUGCGAAAAUCUCAGGUGACCACUUGAAUGAGAAUAAAUUAUCAUAACCAUGCAGAAAUCUUACUUUUGAAGCCAAAUCUUGAAGCCGUUUUCCCCUUAAGAGGCAUUUUUCUUGGCGCGUUCUCGGAACGAGCCCUGGAGUGGCCACUAUUAUUUUUACCAGAGAUUUUUCUUUUACUUUGAAAAGCGUGCAGAACAAUUUGAAAAAAUAAAAUAAAAUUCUAAAGAGACAGCACAAAAACCAGAGAUUUUCCAUUUCUUAAGCGUUUUUCAUGCUUUCUCUCGUCUUUAAAACAUGUAUUGAAGUAAAAUGAGACAUAAGAGCCAGCGAGAAACUCCAUAGAAACGAUAAUGCUCUAGCUUCUUUGUCCUCUCUUCAGAACGCCGUUGUAUUAUAUACUAUUAUCGAAAAUUUGGAUGAUUUCAACUUUCUUCAUUGCCAGGGAGCCUCGAACGCGGCUAGCCUCACCGUCGCUGAACAGUACGUCGCGGCGUUUGGCAAGCUGGCCAAGGACACGAAUACGGUAGUUUUGCCCGCAAAUCUAAGCGAUCCGGGCAGUAUGGUCGCUCAGGCACUUGCCGUCUAUAACAGUGUCACAACCAAAGGUCCGCUGACUAAAUAA